AACGAAAUGGAUGGGAAAUUCUAAUACAAGGCGAGGGAGACUUGUACACGUUUCCAGACUCCGACCUCUACACCCGUCCUUCUCUCUCUCUCUAGACUACUCUCCAUCUAGGGUUUCGAAGUCACAAGGAAACCCUAACAAGCAGAGAUAUCUCUAUGUUUGUACCAUUUUGCAAAGUAAUUGCAUUAAAUUUUCAAGAGAUGCGUGAUUUUUUAUAUGAUGGAAGUUGAUAGAUAAGAAAAUUGAGGCAUUAUCCAAAUAUAAACUAUCAUUAAUGGAUGAUGAAAAGGGCCUCGAACUCAGCUUGGGUAUGCCUGGAUGUAGAUCGACUUCCAAAUCAAGAGACACAAUUGAUAUCCCUUCCGAUACUAGGAUAGAAGAAGGUGAUAGAACCAGCAAAUUGAUUGACGACUUCAAAGAAUUUCUCGAUGGUGGUCCACGUAAGCAUGAGGGUCCUAGUGAUUGUGCUGCUGAGGCUGAAGGAAGAUUACCCGAGGGUAGUACUAACAAUAAACGUAAAGGGUUGUUUCUGGACAUUCAUAAUCGAAAGAAGCAUGAAAUAGAAGUUCCUUCUCCUAUUCCUGCGGCUAGUUCACAGGAAAAGGGACGGCCAUCUCAUGUUUCCAUAAACACAGAUGAUGAUUCGACUGCUGACAAUGAGGAUGUGGCAGAUUCCGAACUCGAAGUUGUAGGUUCUACCUCAAGGCUCGUUAAACAGUACGCAGGGGGUGGUUCUAGUUCUGCUCCUAUAGAUUCCACUUCCAUGGACUAUCUAGGACAAAAGAAGUUCGCACAUUCGACUGAGAAAGAGUAUAAGGUUGGGAAUAUGCUUUAUAGUAUCUCAUUCCCAUCUCAACCAGUAAGCGUUGCAAAUAUGACUAACUUGUUAAUGCAAGUUAAGGACUCAAAUACUGUUGUUGGAGGACCAUCAUUACACAAUCUAGGGAAAAUGGCUGGUCUAAAUGGAGAGCAGAAUCCUGUGAUGUUUGGUUAUUCUCCUGUCCAGCUUCCUGUCUUGGAUAGCUCAACUGGGAUCCUUUCUAACUUCCAGCAGAUUCAUCCAUCAAGUAGGGGUGGUCCAUCAAAUGCAGAACAAAGAAUAUCCGAUGCUUUCGCAAACGGAGAGACACCAUUAGACCGACCGAAAGUUGACGAAGCAGGCUCAUCUCGCAUAGAAGAAGACCACACAAACGGUAAAUCAGAAAAGAGUACACCCAAUGAAGGGUUAUUCUCUUCCGAAAUCUUCCCUUCUAUCAGGCCAGGAAUUGCAGCAGAUUUGAAAUUUGGAGGAAACGGGUCUUACCCGAAUUUACCAUGGGUUUCGACAAAAGGGUCAGGGCCCAACGGGCAGACCAUAUCGGGUGUCACUUACAGGUACAGUGCAACCCAUAUCAAGAUCGUUUGCGCUUGUCAUGGAUUGCAUUUAUCGCCCGAAGAGUUCAUUAGGCAUGCUGGCGAAGAAGAAACAAAUCUUGAUUCAGGUACCCGUAUUGAUUCUUAAAUCUAAAUGUUUUUAUUUUAUUUUUAUAUCUGAAUUAUAAAAUGUUUUUCUUAUGGUACAAUUUGUAUAUGUAUUCUGGCUGGCUGGGAUUUUUUUCUUAAACUUUGUUGCUUUUUUUCUAGUGUUAAAGAGCACGCAUGAGGAAAAGAUAAAUUUUCUCCAUUGAGUUGAUGUUUAAAUGCUCUUGUUUUAGUGUUAA